UUCCACGCGCACGCUUUCCCACAUCCAAAUUUUUUUAUUUAUUUUCAAACAAAAACAUUAAUUUAAUUUCCAUUUUCCCCCUCCAGCAUAAAAGGCUCCAACUAAUCGUCAUCAUUUCAAAAAUCUUCUCUUUAUUCUCUCUGCUGCACACUUAUCCUUAACUAGGGUUUUCAAUUUUCCUCUUCUCUCCGCAUUCUCAAUCAGAUUUUGUUGAUAUGGAUUCUUCAGUUCCGUCGUACCAACAUCGAUCGCUUUCGAUCAAAUUAUGGCCGCCUAGCCAGAGUACUAGGUUGAUGUUGGUUGAACGGAUGACUAGGAAUCUCACGACGCCGUCUAUUUUCUCUAGGAAAUAUGGACUUCUUAGUAAGGAAGAGGCUGGGGAGGAUGCGAAGGAGAUUGAGGAAGCGGCUUUUGUGACUGCGACUCAACAUUUUGAUGAGGAGCCGGAUGGUGAUGGGAGUUCUGCUGUGCAGAUUUAUGCUAAGGAAUCGAGUAGGCUUAUGUUGGAGGUUUUGAAAAGAGGGCCGAGAGUGAAGGACGAUGGGGAGUUGGGAUCAGAGAAGGGUGAUGCUAGUGUUGAAACUGUUUUUGAUAUAUCUGGGGGGCGGAGAGCUUUUAUUGAAAAGGAUGAAGCUUCAGAACUUUUGAAACCGUUGUUGGGACCGAACUCGUUUACGAAGAUAUGUUUUAGUAAUAGGAGUUUUGGUUUGGAUGCUGCUCAUGUUGCUGAACCUAUUUUGAUAUCAAUUAAAGAUCAACUGAAAGAGGUGGAUCUGUCGGAUUUUAUUGCUGGGAGACCAGAAGCAGAAGCAAUUGAAGUGAUGAAUAUAUUUUCUUCUGCGCUAGAAGGUUCUGUUUUGAGAUAUCUUAAUCUGUCAAAUAAUGCCAUGGGUGAGAAAGGGGUUAGAGCUUUUCGGUCACUUCUGAAAUCACAGAAAGACUUGGAGGAGCUUUAUUUGAUGAAUGAUGGUAUAUCAGAGGAAGCUGCCAAAGCAGUAGCUGAAUUGAUUCCUUCCACUGAGAAGCUUAAGAUUCUUCAUUUCCAUAAUAACAUGACUGGAGACGAAGGAGCAUUUGCAAUAGCUGACGUUGUGAAACGUUCCCUAGCUUUGGAAGAUUUUCGGUGUUCAUCUACAAGGGUAGGCUCUGAAGGUGGAGUUGCUGUUGCUGAAGCGCUUGGCGUAUGCACACACUUGAAGAAGCUUGAUUUGCGUGACAACAUGUUUGGUGUGGAAGCUGGACUUGCUCUAAGUAAGGUUAUACCUGUGUUUGUUGGUCUUAGUGAGAUAUACCUCAGUUAUUUGAACUUAGAGGAUGAUGGUGCAGAAGCCCUUGCUAAUGCUCUGAAGGAAUCUGCGCCAUCAUUGGAAAUUUUGGAUAUGGCUGGAAAUGACAUUACCGCAAAAGCUGCUGUUUCUGUGGCUGCCUGUAUAUCUUCAAAGCAGUUCCUCACCAAGUUAAAUUUAUCUGAGAAUGAAUUGAAGGAUGAAGGUGCAGUUUUAAUCAUCAAGGCUUUGGAAGAAGGUCAUGGCCAAUUAAAUGAAGUUGAUCUUAGUACAAAUUUGAUCACAUGGUCGGGAGCUAAAGUGGUGGCUGAAGCUGUGGUGCAGAAACCUGGAUUUAAGUUGCUAAAUAUCAAUGCUAACUUCAUUUCUGAAGAAGGAAUUGACGAGUUGAAGAAUAUAUUUAAAAACUCACCUGAUUUGCUGGGUCCUUUGGAUGAGAAUGAUCCUGAAGGAGAGGACAUUGAUGAAGAGGCUGAAGAAGGUUCUGAUGAGGAUGAAUUGGAAUCAAAACUGAAAGGCCUUGAGAUUUAAGAAGAUUCAAAUGACUCUGGCAUUCGAUUUCUACUUCAGAUUAAUUUAUAGGCCAAUGAUUAUUUGCAAUAGACAUACUUGUUUCAUAUUGAGCAGUUAGUGUUAAUCGUUGUAUUUUAGAUUUCUGAUUCCAUAACUCGUUUUUUUUUAAAGUUUAUCAGAUAUAUGCUCUUAAUAUAUCUGUCUAGACAAGAAACAGGCAAAUGAUAUUAGCAGUAGAAAGUUUUGGGCUUUAUUAUUUAUGCCUUAUGCUGCCAGCCUUUGAUUGCUUGGUCAUGCUUAUGUUUGAAA